AUGAGGUUACUAAUGCAGGAUCAUGUUACUUACCAUGGAUUGAUUCUGUAUGACUGGCGGCACACGGUAUACGAAAUGGGGAUCGAGCGUCUACUUGUCUACUUGACUCUAUUCAUGUUUUACUCCUCAAAGUCUCAUAGAUCACAGUUCAACCAAUUCAAAAACGAUAUCCUUACAUUUCUACACAUCUCUCAAACCUUCAUCAUUAAUAUUGGAUCCACACUGACGUUAUCUUACAUCCACAUACACAAACCCAAAUUCCUCACCCGGGGAAUCAACAAGACAGGUCCGAUGAUAUGCGUACUGCAGUUAGAACCAUGGAUCGUAUAUCUACCCGAGAUAGUAACCACGAGCAUUACACCUUUCAACCGAGAAUCUUCCUCCGGCUUUUCGGCAUCAAGGCCAUCAAAUGACACCGGAUCGGAGGUGGAGCGGGAUUCCUCGAUUCUUUCCGACGUAGGAGCUGAGGGGCUACGUAGGAGGCGUGUCUUAUAUAACGAUACAUGGAAAACUUUUGAGAAAAGGCUUGGGGAUUUCCUGAAGAAAAGGAUGGGAAAAAGCAAAAUCGUAGAAAUUUCUUCAAGCCUUUGUGUGAUGAGGGGAAAUUUUCUGUUGUGUAAUGGUGCUAUGGGGUUUGUAUGGAACAUGGCUGAUACAUAUGCGUUACACUACAUCAAUUUGACAUUUGCUGUAGAUGUGGCCUUUUGUGUGCAUUCGAGCAUAGAUAGCUAG